AUGGCAACUCCAGCUCAUUCGCCUGAAUCAGACAAUGUUUACGAAAAAGCAUACUCGUUGGUGGUCGAAAUCAAUAGCCAAGUGGCUCAGUUUCGGGAACUACUGGUGCACAUCGGUACGGCUAGAGAUUCUCCGGAAACAAGGGAAAAGAUCCGAAAGUUGAGAAGAGGAUGCGUGGAUACAUGCAAACACACAAGUCAAUUACUCAUACCUCAGAUGAGAGGGUCAAAUUUAGAAUCAUCGCUGUUGGAUCACCCCGAGUUGGCCCUGCUGUUCUACCUGUGCCAGAUGAUGUUACGUGAACUCGGAAAAUGUAGUCGUCUUGUACAGCUCAUACCGAUGGACAUGACCGGAUAUUUCGAAAACCGUGCAGGGCCGUCAAACAUCGGCAACGUCAUUAGCCAAAUACUUUUGUGCAAACAAAUCCAACCGGACUUCAACCAAGAAGAAAUCUGCAGUAUAGCCAAAGACAGUCAAGACCUGGCCAGACUUAUCCAAGACAUGCAAGAAUUCCUUCCACAACAAGACACCGCAGCUGAAAAAAAUGCAGCGUUAGAACCAGAAAACAGCAAAUGGAAACGAAAAGGAAGAAGAAAUUCAAUAUACACCAAUGUCAGCUCAUGCUGUUGUUUUUGUAGGCCAACUUACCUUUGA